AUGGCCGCGGCUCGGCGCGGCGCGUGCGUCUCCAUCGCGCGCGCGCGACGACUCUUCUUCUCGUGCGCGGUCGCGCGGUCCACCGAGCGCGCCGCGUCCGAGGACGACGCCCGCGGUUCGCCGUCGUUCGCGAUCCCGGACGGCGCGCCGUUCUUCCUCGGCAAGACCGACGCGAGCGGUCGCGGACUGUUCGCCUCGCGCGCCAUCGCGCGCGGGGAGCUCAUCCUCCGAGCGCCGCCGCUCGUGGCGCACCCGGCGCUCGACGCGAUCGCGGACGUGUGCUACGCGUGCCUUCGGCGGAUCCCGAGCGCGACCGCGCAGACCCGCGACGACGGAAGCGGACCGAAGAAGCCCGCGCCCGUCGCCGCGGAGGUCCCCGACGGCGCGCGCUUCUGCGGCGAACGAUGCGCGACGGACGCGUCCGCGCGUUUCCACGCGUGGGAGCGCAGCGUCGGGGACGCGCUCGCGCCGCUGCGCCGACGCUGCGAAGACCACGGCGGUCUCAAGUUCCCGCUCCUCGCCGCGAGGCUCGCGUUCGCCGUCUUGUCAUCCUCCGUCGCCGCGCGCGACGCCGACGCGUUGUGCCGCGUGAACUUCCCCCCGGGCGUCGCCCCGGAGGACUGGCUCGAGGAGCACGCGAUGUUGAAAGUCGCGCUCUCGCGCGGGCUCGCGAUCCGGCGGCUCGCGGACGCGCGCGGGGGGGGGACCGGCGGCGGCGGCGGCGGCGGCGGCGGCGACGCGCAGCUGGCGGCGGCGGCGAGCGACCGCGAACGCGAGGCGCGCGUCGUCGACGGCGCGCUCACGCCGGAGUGGUACGUCGGCGUCGUCGGGCGGAUGCACCUGAACGCGUUCCGCGUGGAGAUCCCCGCGAUCGUGGACGGGGGCAGGGGCGGGGGUGGGGCGGGCGCCGGAGGGUGCGGGCACGAGCACGGUGGCGAGCGCGGUGGCGAGCGCGGCGGCGAGCGCGUUUCUUCCUCGAGCGCGUUCAGAGACGCGAUGGAGGCGGCGCUGAGCUCCGUCGCGUCCGGUCGCGGCACCGGGUCCGCGCUGUACGGGUUACCGUCGAUGCUGAACCACUCGUGCGACCCGAGCGUGGACGCGGCGUGGACGUACGGCGACGCGACGCUCGUGUUGACGGCGCGGAGGGACGUCGCCGCGGGGGAGGAGUUGCGCAUCUCACGUUGA